AUGAGAAGACGUGAUGAAAAUUUUCCUGAUAAUGGAUUUGAAGCAUGGGGUGGAUAUAUGCAAGCGAAAAUUCAAAAACUGGAAGAACAGUUUUCUUCAAACCUCUCUAAAGAAAAUCAGAUUUCAAAUAUUUUCAAAGGUGUAAGUAUCUUUGUAAAUGGAUAUACAACACCAUCAGCUGAUGAAUUAAAAGAGCUAAUGCUUAAACACGGUGGUAUUUAUCAUACAUAUCAAAGAAGUGAAGAUUUUGUUAUUGCUUCAAACCUGCCUGAUACUAAAGUAAAAAAAAUGUCCUUAGCCAAUGUAGUUAGACCAGAAUGGAUAAUUGACAGUAUAGAUGCAAAUAAAGUAUUAAAUUACAAAGAUUACUUACUUUAUUCUAAUAAGAAAACACAGCCUAAGUUAAAUUUUAAUAAGGGCAUAGUAUGUACACAUGAAACAACAGAAGAAUUUGGAACAAAAAAUGAAAAUAAUCAAAUAUCCUCAACUGCAAUUAAUAUACCAAAUUUAAUUGAAUCUAACUCUAAAAUAUUAGAUACUUCAAACAUGCAAAAUGAACUUAAAUCAAAUGUCACUAAAACAGCAGUUGAUCCAAAUUUUAUAUCAGAAUUUUACAAUAACUCAAGGCUUCAUCACAUUUCACAAUUAGGAGCUCAUUUCAAACAAUACAUUAAUGAUCUGCGAGAAGAAAGUGACUUCAUAUUUCCAGCUCAAGUUGAUUUAAGUGCCAAAAUAAGAGGUUUAAAUAAUAAUAGUACUUACAGUAUGAAUUUUGAAUAUAAUAAAAUAAUAAUGCAUAUUGAUAUGGAUUGCUUUUUUGUUUCUGUUGGUCUAAGAAAACACCCUGAAUUAAGAGGGAAACCUGUGGCAGUUACACAUUCAAAAGGAGGGGUGAGUCAAACCAAGAGAACGGGAGUCAAUAGAGCUGUAGAGUUUGGACUUUACAAACAAAAACAAAAUGAUAAAUUGAUAAAAGCCGGUGUUUCUAUCAAUGAGACAAAAAUUACAAGCAGAGUAGACAAUAUAGGUGAUGAAGAUGACAAAUUUGGCUCAAUGAGUGAAAUUGCCUCUUGUUCUUAUGAAGCAAGAGCUAAAGGAAUUACUAAUGGUAUGUUUAUGGGAGCAGCCCUAAGACUUUGUCCAGAUCUUCAGACUAUUCCUUAUGAUUUUGAAGGGUACAAGGAAGUAGCACAUACCUUAUAUAAUACAAUAGCUCAGUACACCUUAGAUAUUGAAGCUGUUUCUUGUGAUGAAAUGUAUGUCGACUGUACAGAGCUAUUGAAAAAUUUAGGAGUUAGUGUUGAAGAUUUUGCAACAAUUUUACGACAAGAAAUAAAGGAAAAAACUGGGUGUCCCUGUUCUACAGGGUUCGGCGGAAAUCGCCUACAGGCGCGAUUGGCAACAAAGCAGGCUAAACCAAAUGGUCAAUUCUUUUUAACUGCAAAUCUUAUUGAACAUUUUAUGGUUGACAUAAGGCUUAAAGAUUUACCUGGUGUGGGAAGGCAAACAUCCCAAAAACUGGAAGCCCUUGGCCAUCACACAUGUGGCCAACUACAAUCAAUGACUUUGGCUAGCUUACAACAACAUUUAGGAAACAAAACUGGUGCUCAACUGUUUGAUCAAUGCCGUGGGCGAGACAGAAACUCUUUAACAUUUUACACAGUAAGAAAAUCUGUUUCUGCAGAAGUUAAUUAUGGCAUUCGUUUUGAGACCAAUGAUCAGUGUUAUGAAUUUCUUAAACAACUUUCCCAAGAAGUUCAUUCAAGAAUGCAGCAAUUUAAAGUUUUAGGUAAAUGCAUCACCUUAAAGCUCAUGGUCAGAGCAGAAAAUGCUCCACUAGAAACAGCAAAAUUUCUUGGCCAUGGCUUUUGUGAUACAGUAAACAAGUCUACAUCUUUGGCUGUGGCCACUAACAGUUUUGAAGUAAUAUACAAAGAGGUUCUAUCAUUGUGUAAAAAAUUAAAGAUAGAUCCAAAAGAAAUGAGAGGGUGUGGCAUUCAAGUAACUAAAUUGGAAUCAAAAAACUUGAAACAAGGUACAAAAGGUGCUCUAAGCAAAUUCCUAACAAAUAUAACAAAAAAUGAAAGCAAAGAGCACAUUACACGCAAUACAUCUGAAAACAUAGUAACCCCUAAACUUGAACAACAAAUACCUAAAACAAAUUCUAUAUGUUUAUCGCCUAAACAGAAAUCCCCAAUAAUUGGAUCCACUCGAUCUCCUAAUAAAAAGAGAGGGAGACCCCCUAAAAACUCAAAGGCUGUAAAACCUGGUCAUGCCAAAUCAAUAAAUCUUUUGAAUAAAUUUUUACAAGGUGUACCGGGAAGUAAUGAACUAAAUGAUAAAAAAGAAGAUCCAAUAAAAGUGGUCCAAAUUGAAAAGCACCAAACAAAAGAGAAACAUGGCUUGCUUGGUUUGCCGUGGCAGCAAGUUAGAGAAUUACUUAGAGCUUGGUUUGACAGUGGACAAACACCAAAUUUCUGUGACAUUAAUAUGGUAGCUGCCUACAUGCAAGAAAUGAUAUUUAAUAAAAAUAUAGAUACAAUGUACAUUCUCAUAAAUUUUUUUAGAAGACGUAUUAAAGAAAUGGACAAUCAAAUUUGGCAUGAUGUACAAGUCUAUGUCCUAGAACAAGUGCAAAAUACUAUGAUGGCUGUUUAUAAAAAGAAAUUAUAUUUAGGAAACGAGUAA